CACUAAUUUUUCAGAAUUAUUUGCAGAAAUAUUUUUUUUCUUGUUUUUUGUAUUUAAUUUUUGUUUUGUGAAAAUUAAAAUUUGAACGCCUGUUAUUUUCGUGUCGUGUUCUUUGAGAGAAAAAAAUAUUCGCCAAUUUUUUGUGUAACAUUUUUUCACCAAAUUUUACUAAAAAUAAUGGAAAAAGCUCCCAGUUCUAUGAGUCUUGAGAAAAUGGCUACAGUUCCAGAGGAAGCUCCCGGAAAGCAAACCAAAUUUGAGGGUGAUGGCAAGAAAAUGGUCCAGCAAGUCUCGGUAGGGUCGGCAAAAGCUGCAACCAAUCAAGCCAUAAAAGCUAAAGGAAGAAAUAUGUCGAUCACAAAUCCAGCCUCCAAAAUUCCAGCUAUCAAAGCAACGUCUAAAGUGUUAAGCUUAAAGGGCAAAACUGCAAAUCAAACAUGCCCGCCAUCCCAAAAUUCGAGGCCAACAACUCCCUCUAGUGAUUCUAAAAGAAAUUCAUUAACAAAAUCACCCCCAGCCAUAAUGCCAAGAUCUCCAACCCCGGUCAGCAAAUCAAGAAUGAGUUUGAUGUCGAAAAAAGAUGAUUUUGAAAAGAAAUCCUUCAAUUCCGCAUCGAAAACAAGUUUAGCAACCAAUACGGCCAAUGAAAAAGCUCAAAGCCAUCGACCUCCAAAUGCUGUGACUUCGAAAAUUAAUGGCAAUCGAGGUGGAAGUAAUCAAACCCGUGCCAGCAUUUCCAUGGCCGGAAAUCAAAAAACAAAUUUACGCAAAACCACCUCCACAGCGGGUGAUCAAAAUUCCCCCCAAGCCUUGGAGAAGAAGUUGACGGACCUACAGAGUGAAUUUCUUACAAAAAUCCAAGCUGAUCCUGAUAAAAGCUUUGAAUAUCGUUUUGUUAGUGUGGUGCAUCAGAAUGGUGAAUGUAAGCUUUUAAUCAAAGAUAAGGAAAAAGGACUUCCGGAACUGCCCUCCAAUUCGGUCAAUGAUUUCAAGGCGAAAAUCUUGAAAUAUAUGAAUGAAAGUUUUGCACAACUGUUGGGGAAUUCCAUGGAAAAUGAAAAUUCCAACAGCCAGGAGAAAAUACGCCAGCUACAGGAUUCCAAUACCAAGGCUUUGUUUGACUACAUCGAUGAUUUAUGUAAGUCCUAUAAGGAGAAGCCGUUACCGGACUCGGAAGUCGAAUAUUUGAAACAGGAACUAGAGGAAUGCAAAGCAACUCUGGCAGCCGCUGAAACAAAAUCCCUGGAACUUAGCAAAAAACACGACGAAGAUUUAGUCGCCUUGAAAAAUCAAUUCAAUUCCAAGAUAGCGGAAAUAGCCCAAAGAGAAAGUGCCAUGAGAGAGUUAGAAAAUAGACUCCAAAAUUCCGAGAAUCAAAGAGCUUUUCUUAAAUCCCAACUUCAGUCUCUGGACGUGGAAAAACAAGAAGAAAUCAAUACCUUAAAGGAAAGCCUUCGCAAAAACCAAGAGAGUACAAAUGCCAUGCAAAAGAAUUUCAUGUUGCUUCAGCAGCAAUUGAUCAACGAGAUAAAUGAAAAUCAGAACAAAACAGUUACCCUUAAGGCCAUGGGGGAGGAAUUACAGAAACUACAACUUAUGGUGGAACAACAAAAUAUCUCGGAAAAUUCUGAAGAAAUUCAGAAACUAAGGGAUACAAUUAAAUGUUUGGAAGAGGACAAAUCUUCAUUGGAAGAACAUAAACGAAAUUUGAAAGAGGAACUGAAUUCUAGUAAAGAAAUGUUGAUCCGCUACCAGGAGACCCAAGAGGAAAUAAAGUCUCUCCGGGAACAGCUUAAGGUUAAAGAUGAAAUGCUGGACAAGUCAAAAUUAGAAAAUGCCAAGGAUAAUCAAAUGGAGCUCGCAAAACUACGCCAAUCGGAAACGGAGAAAUGUCGUGAAAUUCAAAAACUCAAAAUGGAAUUAUCCAAAGCUCAAUAUAACAUAACCAAGCUGGAAGAACAAAUACAAAGAGAUCAACAGCUACUCGACAUAAGAAGCGAUUUAAUCAAUUCGCUGCAGACGAACGAAACCAGUCAACGGAUUCAGCUGGAGGAGUUUAUGGCCCAGAUGGGUGAAAAGAACAGUACCAUUAAUCAGCUCACAAAUGACUUGCGCGUCAAGACGGAGGAAUUUCAAAAUCUUUACACAAAUAUCAAUGACAAACAAGUGGAACUCUCCAAUCAGGAACACAUGAUUAAACUUUUGGAGGAGAGCAACGAACGUUGUCAGCUGUUGAGGGUACAGCAGGAGGAGAAAAUCGGUCGACUCGAAGAGGAUAUUGCCCAUUUGAAGCAGACCAUAGCCAUGCAUGUAAAUUCCCAUACCAAAUUAAAUUGUGAUCCGCCUUUGAGUGAAAACUAUGAAAAUUAUAGUGAAAAUUUCCAUCACUACACCAGCCAGCGUAAGCGUAAACGUCGAAUUGCCAUCAAUGUUAGAAAAUAUGAAACUUAACUGGCCAACAAUUUGUAAAAAAAUGUCAUGUUGAGAGAGCUGAGAGUUUUCAUUACGGCAUGAUUUAUUGAUGUCUCUUUGUGUGGGGGUGUAAUGUAUUGUAAUAUCUUUGUUUGUAUGUAUGUUUGUGUGUGUGGACGAGCUUUAAUAAUAUAAAUUGUUGAAAAUUAAUAAACUUUGAUUUAUGUGCAACCUUUUCAAAGCAA